AUGAUCAUACCCAGUAGCACUCAAGCAUACCCAGCGAAUCUGAGGCGCGCAACCCAUUCCCAAAUCAACACCAUGCUGCCAAAACCUUUCAGCAUUGGUCCCGCUCACUUCGUUGCACUUCGACCAGCAAAGGACUUCUUCACUCUCCGUCCAAGUUUACCGCCCUAUGUGACCGUCAUCCACGUCAAUGACGACCGUACUUGCGUGGAAGAAGGGCGGCUAAAGGGCAAUAUCGCCAAAUAUGAGGAGCUCGAUGAUGUGGUCCCCGUCGACUUUCUGAGCGGUGUUAUAUUCACCCGCUCCCCGAAGACAGAGUUCACACCCGGAGCCUACCAAUUGCUCCAAUCCCUAGGCACAAAAUGGAUUGAGGUGGCAGACACUGCACACCCGGCGUCAAGCGCCCCACCAGGGAUUUACUACGUGAUUGACAAACAAUUGCAUGAUAUCUGGAGCAUCUAUGAGGGCUCUCGUGGUGCUUUUCUUACUGCCUUGUUCCCGGCGUGGAUGGGUGACUGCCUCUCUAUUUUUGUUCUCAUCUUGAAAAAUAUGCAGACUAUCGUGGUAGCAGUCCCGUCUCGCCUUCUAACGACUGCAACCGCUUCCCAACCACUCGGGGGUUGGAGAGUGGCGGUGAAGGAUAUUUUUCGAAUCGAAGGUGUCAAGACAUCUGUCUGCAAUCGGGCAUCCUAUGGGUUAUACCCGCCGGCAUCUCAAACAGCUGCUUGUAUCAAGCUUCUGGAGGAGAAGGGCGCUCGUAUUCUAGGAACUACUAAGCUGGCCGCUUUUGCAGCAACAGAGGAGCCGAUUGAAUACGGGUAUCAUUCCCGAGCAGGGAGUAGUAGCGGCGGUGGCGUGGCCGUUGCUUCAUAUCAGUGGGUGGACAUUGCCGUCGGCUCCGACAUGCUUCCAGUCGAGGGUUACCUUCCUAGCUUUGAGCAAUCUGAUAUGCCUACUUUCUUUAGUAGGACUGUUGAAAUAUGCAAGGAAUUUGCUAAACACUGGUACGUGGACAAAUUGCCACAUAGUAAGCCCUCGUAUAUGUCUUUCAUUACCAACAUGGAGCAUCUCAAAGUCAUUGAAAAUUUCGUUGCUGAUCUUGAGAAAUCCAUGAGGGUAAACACAACAGAGUCUCCUUCAACCGAACUUUGGGAUUCCGACCCACCAGAGCAUGCUAAAGGGCAGAGUUUGCAGGAGUACAUGAAGGAUGUAGGUCGUAACUUUUUUUUCCAUGAUGACUAUCACAACUUCGAUGAGUUCCGGGAAAAUUACCAGCGAGUAUUCAAGAAGACACCUUACGUGAGCCCGCCAGUUCGCUGGCAAUGGAAUCUAUUGGCUAGAAUCACCAAAGAAGAAAGGGGUAUCGCUGUCCAGCGAUUAUCGGUCUACGAGAAGUGGUGUUCAGAAAAGAUUCUUCAGAUUGGGACACAUAAUACUAUAAUCCUGACCCCAAUUGAGAACAUGACUCCACGAUAUCGCGAUGAGCCACCGGGGAGAUACUUCAAUCCUGUUGGGGUGCCGAUGCUCUUCGUGGCCCCUAUCUUGAAAGCACCCGAGUUUACGGUUCCCAUUGGGGAGAUUCCUUUCCUGUUCAAAGUUACGGGCAAUGUCGAACAGCGUCCAGUUGCAGUUUCGUUGCUCGGUGCGCCAGGCCGCGACCUUGAGCUCAUGGAUAUAGCUCGCGACUGUCUUGUGCAGGCUGGAAGACCAAAUUGCGUCCUUGCUAGUGCCAAACUUUUCCCGUAA